UUGGCGGACCCGGGCCGCCGAGUGACGGCGGGUGUCGGCAGAGCCGCCAGCAGUCGCGGCGCGGCUCGGCUCGGCUCGGCCAUGUCCGGUUCACGGGCUAUCGGAGACUCGCUGCUGCCGCCCGCCCGCCUCCUCAUGUUGUUGUUGAUGUUGUUGUUGUUGGCGGCGGGGAAGUGCUGUGGAAGUUCAGGCACGGUGCUGCCCGAGACACUACUAUUUAUAUCAACUCUGGAUGGAAGCUUGCAUGCUGUUAGCAAACAAACGGGCUCAAUCAAAUGGACCCUGAAAGAAGAUCCUGUGCUUCAAGUGCCCAUGCAUCUAACUGAACCGGCAUUUCUUCCCGAUCCUAACGAUGGCAGCCUCUAUACACUGGGAGGGAAAAACAAUGAAGGACUAACUAAACUGCCGUUCACGAUUCCUGAAUUGGUUCAGGCCUCACCGUGCCGAAGUACUGAUGGUAUAUUGUACAUGGGAAAGAAGCAGGACAUCUGGUACGUUGUCGACCCGAUGACUGGUGUAAAGCAGCAGACUUUAACAGCAUCUUUUGCAGAGAGCAUGUGUCCAUCUACACCUCUGCUGUACCUUGGACGUACAGAGUACAUGAUCACCAUGUACGACACCAAGAACCGGGAGGUGCGCUGGAACGCCACCUACUUUGAUUACUCAUCCACGCUGCCCGAUGAAGACACUGAAUACAAAAUGCUGCACUUUGCAUCAAACGGAGACGGGCUUGUGGUGACGGUGGACAGUGAGUCGGGCGAUGUUCUGUGGAUCCAGAAUUACGCCUCCCCCGUGGUGGCCGUGUACAUCUGGCAGCAGGAGGGGCUGAGGAAAGUCAUGCACACCAAUGUCGGCAUUGAAACUCUCCGCUACCUCACGUUCAUGUCGGGGGAGGUGGGACGCAUCACCAAGUGGAAGUACCCCUUCCUGAAAGAGGCGGAAACCAAGCAAAAGCUGAUGCCGACUCUGUACGUGGGGAAAUACUCCACCAGUCUGUACGCAUCAUCGUCAUUGGUCCAUGAAGGAGUGGCUGUUGUGCCACGAGGCAGUGCCUUCCCACUACUUGAAGGUCCUAAAACAGAGCACGUUACAAUCGCAGACCGUGGAGAAUGUGACACCACCCCCAGUAUCAACGUUAACUUCGCACCAGGUGUCAAAAACACAAUCGAUUAUCUAAGGAACCAGUGGUUUCUGAUCGGUCACCAUGAACUGCCACUGGCAGCACACACCAAGAUCCUCAACGACUUUCCUGAAAAUGUGCAGAAAAUUCCCGACAACAUCAUCGCCACCAGCCCGCAGAAUGACCUAUUUGAAGAUCAUUACCCAAGCAUUGAUGAAGUUGCGGAGGACUUUGACAUUCUUAACGGCCUCAACGAAAAAUACAGCACAUCGCAGCCAAAGCACGAGGCUCCUGUGGACUCUGUGCUGAAGGACAUGGCCACCAUUGUCUUCAGUACCUUUCUGCUGGCUGGAUGGGUGGCCUUUGUCAUCACCUACCCUAAGACUGUGCAGCAGCAGCAACAGUUGCAACAUGAGCAGUUUCAGAAGCACCUGGAGGAAAGGCUGGAGCUCAUGCAGAAGCGGCAACUCAUUUUCCGCCCCCCCAUCCUAGGCCCAGGGUCCGACUUUGUGGAAACGCCGCGACUGAGGACGGAGAGUUCCAGCACCAACACUCCCAGCGUGUCACCUCGAGUGUCCAACCAUUCCGUGUAUUCCAACCACUCCAUCUCCGAGUUCGGCAGCUCCGCCACGGAACAAGAAGAUGGAGAUGACGAUUCUGAUAUGGUGAGAGUUGGGAAGAUUGUGUUUCAUCCAAAGGAUGUCCUGGGACAUGGAGCUGAAGGAACGAUUGUAUUCAAGGGCAGGUUUGAUGAUCGAUACGUGGCGGUCAAGAGGAUCUUGCCCGAAUGCUUCAGCUUCGCGGACCGCGAGGUGCAGCUUCUGCGCGAGUCGGACGAGCACCCGAACGUGAUCCGUUACUUCUGCACCGAGAAGGACCGGCAGUUCCAGUACAUAGCCACGGAGCUGUGCACUGCUACUCUGCAGGAGUAUGUUGAACAAAAGGACUUUGAUCGCCAUGGCUUGGAGCCUAUAAUUCUUCUUCAACAAACCACAUCCGGCCUGGCCUAUUUACACUCGCUCAAUAUCGUUCACAGAGACCUGAAACCGCACAACAUUUUAAUCUCCAUGCCCAAUGCCCAUGGCAGAGUGAAGGCCAUGAUCUCUGAUUUUGGUCUGUGCAAGAAGCUGGCAGUGGGCAGGCACAGCUUCAGCCGCAGGUCUGGAGUACCCGGCACGGAAGGCUGGAUUGCCCCAGAGGUGCUGAACGAGGACUGCAAGGCAAACCCGACAUGUGCGGUGGACAUUUUCUCUGCUGGCUGCGUGUUCUAUUAUGUAAUCUCGGAAGGGAGUCACCCCUUUGGCAAGGCCCUGCAGCGACAAGCCAACAUUUUACUGGGUGUCAGCAACCUUCAAUGUUUCAAACCAGAUGCACACGACGAUAUUAUUGCUCGUGACUUAAUUCAAGAGAUGAUAAACAUGGACCCUCAAAAACGCCCCUCGGCCAAGUGUGUCCUGAAAAACCCUUUCUUUUGGAGCCUUGAGAAGCAGCUUCAAUUUUUCCAGGAUAUCAGUGAUCGAAUAGAAAAGGAACCUCUGGAUGGACCAAUAGUGAGAGAACUCGAACGGGGAGGGCGAAGUGUGGUUCAAGGUGACUGGAAAGAGCAUAUCACCGUCCCUCUGCAGACAGAUCUCAGAAAAUUCCGAUCGUAUAAAGGGAGCUCGGUGCGAGAUCUGCUGCGUGCAAUGAGGAACAAGAAACAUCAUUAUAGGGAAUUGCCCGAGGAUGUACGUGAGACUCUGGGCUCGGUCCCGGACGAAUUUGUUUGCUAUUUCACUCUCCGUUUCCCCCACUUGUUACUCCACACGUACUUGGCAAUGCGGAUCUGCAGCCAGGAGAGAGUGUUUCAUCCGUACUACUACCAGGAGGCAGCGGAACUGAGACAGUUGCCACCGUUCGUGACUGACAACUUCCAAUAGACCAAGGGAUGGAAGGUUGAAAGGGAAAUGUUUCAGUUUGUAAAUGCAUUCCAGCCGCGAGGCCUUCAAAGGGCAACGUGGCAACGUGUGAAGAGACUACUCCUGGCGGUCUGACACUUACAAAAUAGACAUGUCGACAAGCCAAACCUCAAAGUGCCUAUUAAAGCUGCAGGAUAAUCUGAGGCAGAAUGUGAAUGCAGUUCUCCAGUUAAUGGAGCUGCAGUUUGACUGCCUCUACAUCUUUAAUACAAGUCAAUAUUUUCCUCACAGGAAGAACAUUUUUUUUUUAUGAAGUAAAACAAAAGUCGUGGUGACAAAUGCCACCAGUUCUGGGCUGUUACGUGCUUUAUUGUUUCGGUGAAGAAGGAGGAUAUCAGCCAAGUUAUAAUCCUGAAGUAUAAAUGUGUUUCUUGGUUACGGCUGCUCCUAGGAUUGGAGCAUGUCCGACACCAUUGUGGAUCAAUUUACCUGGAUGGAUAGGGCAGAUCAGCACAGUAUCGUGUGAACCGCAACAUUUCUCAGUCCAUUGAUCAUUUCCCAUAAACAGGACAACGAACGACUAAAUCAGCAGGAGAUUGGUUAUCCAGACAAAACAAUGAGCCCAUUGAAAGCUGUGCUUUCAGACCUCCUUGAGUAGAGGUUUGUUCUGGGGCACUGUCCUUAUUUAAAGUCUCAAAUUUAUAGCUUUAUAUAACUCUGCACUGUUUGUAAUCCUUUUUCAUCUUUAAGUCCAAAUGCAGGUGAUCAUUCCCUAAGUUUACACUCGAGUUGAAUGACAGUGUUCUUCACACUCUUAUCCAUGUAGCCAAAGCAGUCCACAUGCCUGUUUAAAUGGGGGCAAAAUGUACCAAAGGCUUGUUACCCUGUGCCCGCUCGAGCUGCACACAGCAGCAUAUCAUGGUCAUAGCAAUGCACGUGGAUUAGGCUCCACUGGCAUUACUUACCCUUCUCAUGUUAAACACAUUAACUACUGUAUUUUCAGAUAAAACAAUAGAUAAUAGGUGCAGUAGGAGGCCAUUCGGCCCUUCGAGCCUAUUCAAUGUGAUCAUGGCUGAUCAUCCAAAAUCAGUACCCCGUUCCUGCUUUCUCCCUAUAUGCCCUGACUCCGCUAUCUUUAAGAGCCCUAUCUCGCUCUCUCUCUUGAAGGUAUCCGGAAGACCGGCCUCCACCGCCCUCCACACUCACAACUCUGCCAUCCUAAAUAGUUUCUCCUCCCUCUUUGUUUCCCUCCCCAAGCUCCCGUGCACGGUUUCUGAUCUGAGGCAGCACAAAAUCCAGGUGUAGUGUUCAUCGGGACAGGACCAUGCGGCUACCAAGCAACCGUAUCCUAUCCUUUGUGUACUAUUGUCACUGUGUGCUACCUGGUCUCUGCUCGAAUACCGUCUGACAGAAGGGCCAUGAUCACCACCUCACACGGAACAUAAAUCCCACUGCUCUUCCCAGUGGCAGCAGUCCUUGUUGUAAACAAAAGAUGGACACAAAAUGCUGGAGAAACUCAGCGGGUGAGGCAGCAUCUAUGGAGAGACAUUUUGUCGCCUAUUCCUUUUCUCCAUAGAUGCUGCCUCACCACUGAGUCUCUCCAGCAUUUUUUAUCUCCCUUCGAUUUUUCCAGCAUCUGCAGUUCUUUCUUAAUCAACUGGUAGUAAACAAUCUGUAUUUGGGACUUUGAGUGGGAAAUGGUUUUUCACAACACAGUGCAGUCUAUGUUUUAAUUAUCUGCAUAAUCCUUUUAUGGUGCUGAUAAUUAAAAGGAGUAAUUUAUUUAUUUAUUGGGGGGGUUAUCUUUAUAUCUGGUGAGUGAUAGAUUUGACUUUAUAAUGUUUAAUGUAUGUUCAGAGCUGAUUUUAAAGUACGCGUUUUCUGCAUAGUUUCAAAUUUAUUUGUUUGCAAUGUAAGAUGUUUCUGCUGAGUGUUAAUAUUCUGUUGGUUUGUUAGUUGUGAAAAAUAAUGUGAAAAUAAUGAGCAUUGCCUUCACUCUAAUAAGAGUAUGUGUAAUGCGAUCGGGCUUGGUUCCUUUAUAUUUUGGCAAUUGCACUAAACGAUUUAAUCUGUCUGUAGCUUUAAUGGUUCAUAUGAAGCAGUUCCAUGGAUAUGAUUCAUUUUGUUUUACAUGUCAUGAAUCUGAAUUGCUGAUAACUAACGAUUUUCCAUUCUGAGGUCAGUAGAAUAGUGAUUUAAGCUUUCAAAGUGCAUUUGCACAACCCGUUUCUCCCUCCAUCCCUCCAGUGAAAAACAUUGCCGUUACUAACAUUGUUUCACCUGUUCAAACACACUUACAUUUCUGAAAAUUUCAAUUCUGACACAACAGCUUUUGUCAUGUUUCUGGUUUAUGGACCUUGGAUGUGAGCAGCCAUGAUGUGAUGGGGUGGGCAGGGGGGGGCAGGCUUAAUAGCCCUGCCCCACGGUACGAGUUCAUUCCAUGAGCUCUCCCGAGUUUAAAAAAAAAUCAAAUACAGUGAAGCUCUUUCUUCCCAAUAACCCUUUCUGGCUUAAGCCCUCCCUUCACCACCUCCAGUUUAAAUUCCAGUUGGAAUAUUUUGGAGGACCAAGUAACCAAGAACCAAGAAGAAGAAGAGCGGGGUACGUUGGAGCUCAGGGACGUCUCUUAGCGGCUCGUAACGCUAAUGGCAGGUACUAGGGAAGACUCGCUAACGGCAGGUAAGCACGGGAAGACUCGAGAAGAUUUUUCAACAUGUUGAAAAAUGUCCACAAGAGCCCCGAGUACCGACGAAUGGCCAUUACCGUAAAUCUCCGAGUUCGAAUCAGGGCAAACUCGGGAGAGCUCUUGGAAUGAACUUGCACCGUGGGACAGGGCUUUUAGGGAGUAAAUGGUCCACACCUGCCCAUCUGUUCAAUCACAUACAGCUGGAUGUAAGCUGCAGUCUGAUCCUGGCAUCAAGAGUCAAGAGCUUUAUCGUCAUGUGCCCCAUAUAGGACAAUGCUUGCUUGCUGCAGCACAUCAUAAUAUGUAAACAUACUACAUAAUGGGAGAAGAAAAAAAGAUCAGUGUGUAUCGUCAGAUGUGAUAAUUUCUCUACCCUACACAUACACACUAAUCCUUACAUGCUAAGCAAUUAGUUAAUGUCGAAUAAAGACACUCUGUCUUAAAAUGUAAAAUUAGUUGAAAUUGCAUCUUUUACUUUACUUCCACGAUGUGAUCUGUUAAUUCCCAACAUGCUGAACUGUACUGCAGGGGCAACAUGCUACUAGUGGAGUAUUUCUCCAUUUGUAUGAGACGGGUAUUAGCUGCCAGUUAUCAGCUUUCCUGCUCAAUAUUGCAAUACGUUGGCUGGUAGCCACUUCCUUUCUCAACAAUAUCCUGGCCACUCUGGUUUGGGGAACGUGGACAUGUUGCCAAUCAGAUUGAGACCAUCCAGACAGCUGGUUGACUCUGUCCCUUAGCCCACUGGCCACAUUUUCCCAAGCGAUUGCUCCCAUGUCCUUGUGCAUUAGCCUCCUGCUCCUUUCAACCUAUUCCCACUAACCUGCUGUACAGCGACUUCUCUGCCUGGCCUCAGAGACAGCUAAUAUCGGUAAUGGUUCACUCUCUUCCAUACAGUUGUCUUCUUUAAAGCUGAUGUCACCACCGCUCUAAGUUGUUGGCCUCCGACUACAGCCUCUCCUCCAAACCCCUUGGUUUAGUUUCAGUUCAGUUUAUUGUCCCGUGUACCGAGGUACAGUGAAGAGCUUUUGUCGCGCGCUAACCAGUCAGCGGAAAGACAACACAUGAUUACAAUCGAUCCAUUUACAGUGUAUAGAUACAUGAUAAGGGAAUAAUAACGUCUAGUGCAAAGUGAAGCCAGCAAAGUCCGAUCAAGCAUAUCCGAAGGUCAUCAAAGAGGUAGAUAGUAAUUCAGCACUGUUACUCUGGUCCUAAACUCUCACCUCUCAAUCCACUGCAUUGUUUCUGAACUUCUUCCAUUCAAAAGCCCUCUGGCCCUGUCGUUGACGUUUUUAUUAAAUUGAUAAUCAUGUGCUGGGUAUUAUGAUCUAUCUUCCCCUUCAUCUUCAAACCAUUGCAGCCUUUACAUGGUUGGCCAAACCAAUCUCCCGAGGGGACCCUCCAUUCCUGUUCAGCUGGGUGAUGUUCACAGCACCCACACAAUUGGCUUCUCCUGCUUACUGAAGUGUCCACUCGUUGGUUGUAACAUACUCAAUCUUUUCAGAUUUUGCCAGGGCCUCACUAUCUCUCUCUAAUCCUCUCCAGCCCUCCAAGACAACCACGCUCUUCCUGUUCCCAACUUCCGAGCAUCCUCUAUUUAAUUCUUUCCGAACCACAUCUAGUCUUCUUUCCUCCCUCUCUCUCUCUCUCUGGCUGAAGGGCCUGUUUCUAUGCUGUAUGACUAUGUCUUGGAGAUGAAACAUUCCGACAUAAAUGAGCUGGCAGCUAACAACAAUAACUUGUCGUUGCCCAAUGUAAUAGAAUUACAGCAGCAUGUGCUGAUCACGUAAAAUAAUUGAUGCAUCAUUUCCCUAAAUUAAAGCUUACAGUUAUAAUACAGAAAGUUUCUGUUCCACGUGGCAAGUGAAUGUGCUUUCAUUGGAUGUUCUAAGUCCGCAGAGUUUGUAGAAGAAUGGGAGUGGUCCAUUGAUGUCACAAUCUGCCAUCAAGUAGCUGUUUAGAUGACUGGUGUCUACAGUAGGUAAACGCUUAAUUCUAGUUGACUUGUCCUCAAAUAAUCUGACAACAGUGCCUUUAUGUGGCCGUGAUUAGAGUGAUGGGUCUGUUCAGGAAAAACAACGAACGGCUGAAACUACAGCAGUCUGUGUCCUGCCGACAACUGAAACGACAAGCUCAUUAACUGCUCAACCAUAGACAUGUGGCAACAAGCAGUUAAGUCCUUCUGGAGUGACUGAGCAAUGAGCUGGACCGAACUCAUGAAUUUGUCAUGUGAAGUUUACCGAUAAUAUGCAAUGUUUAUAAAAAUAGUAUCGGCUGCUGUGAAAGGAAGAUGCAGCAAUUCUAAUUACGUUAUCGUGCGAGUACAAAUCUGAUCCAAUGAAAAGAUAUGUAACCGAUAUAUGUUUUGGUAUGAAUUGUGAAAAGCAUGAAUCAUUUUGGAUGUGUCCAAGAAAUAAGCAACUGCUGAAUGGAACUUUUUUUACUGGAUUUCUGAAUUAUUUCUGAAUUGUUUUAGACUUGCACAAUUGCAAUGGUAAAUCAUGCUUUAAAAUACUGGGAAUGUAAUUUUUUUAAUCUGUUGCUCUGGGUUAAUGCAAUAAAAUAUUGGACUAUA